AUGUCAAAGCAUGACAGUAAAAGCAUCUCUCCACUACAUCGCCAAAAGGUCAAAGGUCGCGAUAUCGUUAUCACUGAAGAUCCACGACUGCAUUUAGUGUGGUAUCACGACCGCAUAUUUAUCAAACCACUCCCAAAAUACCUUUUAUCCCACUAUUUUUGGGAGGCCUAUCUUUGCAUCAAUCGCCACUCUUCACCAGAGCAGAUUACUCUUCAGAAAGCAGUUCUAGGAUAUCUCAGAACAUACAUCUAUCUCAUCAAAUAUGAAUCCGAUUUUCGUAUAGCUAUCGAUGAUAAACUUCAAUUAAUCCCUCCUGAUAUUACCUUUCUAAAAUUCUGCGAUUUUAUCGCAUCUUUGGAAAACCUUCCUGAUAUCGACGUUUCUGGACGAUAUGCUUAUGGCGAGAUUCGACUCACAAGACUCAAUCUGUAUUCGAAAAUCUUCUUAAAGAAGUUCAGCUUCCACCGUGUUCGUACACAAUACUCCGACUAUUUCGCUUCGUUCUAUGGGCCUUUACUUUUUGUAUUCGCGAUAGUUUCAGUGGUGCUGAGUGCGAUGCAGGUUUCUAUGGCGAUUAACUUUGAUGUGACUAAGCAGUGGAAAUCUUUUGAGCAGUUUUGCCAAUGGUUUAGUAUCAUUUGUCUUUCUGUAGUGGCAAUUUUGGUUCUUUGGCUUGGGAAUAGCAACAAAGAAAACGUUGCCGAUAAUGACUACAACAUCGAUCUCCCUACAUUAGAUAGUAUAUCACGAGCGAAUACAGGAGAGGGCUCAAACCUGGAAACCAAAAUCUGGGAGGAUAAGAUAGCUUCGCCGAGAAUAUAUGAUGGCGAUUCUUCAUCAAUUGAGACAGUCCUUGAUCCUCGUUUGUAUCAGGAAACCUUGAUAGAAGAACUACAAAAUGGCUAUAACACUCAGGAUACUCUAAUGUUGGAAGACGAUAAAUCAAAUCCAGAUGAGCAAGAGAAUUUCUCAGCGGGUGGCUCCCAUUCCCCUCCUAUGGACUACUCAAUUGAGCCAUCGUGUCCUUUGACUCUUCGCGAUCAAGACAAGAGCGAUUCCAGCUACAGUGACCCUGAGAAACUUGGGCUUAUAUCCUCACCAUACUUCCUUCAGCAGUACAGUGACAUAGCUGUAGGAUCGAUAAAGGAGGGGGGGAAUAAUGAGCAACAGGGAGGUAGAAAGCGGCGACAUCUUUCCGAAACCGGUAUUGAGAGGGAUGGCGAGAGCAAUGGCGAUGCGCGACUUGCAAAUCAACGAAGAACUCGCUCACUUUCUACCAACAACGAGCAAACCUCAUCCCGACGUAAUGGUGGAGAAGGUCGUCUCUUGCCGCGUCACAUCACCAGUUCAUCCUUCACUGCUCCAUCUACCAUGAUCGACUCCUCCACAUCAAACUUUGAGCUCUUGCAGUAUUCUACAUUCCGAAGUACGCCUAGUAGGACCUAA